GGGAACCGCAGGGAAAAAACACUGUUGGCAGUGCAGAAAGGACGAGAGAAGGCUGCUGGAGCCGUCCAGGAGAUUUUAUUGUUUUGCAUUUUAACUAACAAGGCUUUUCGGCAAAUAUAUAUCUUUCCAACUUCAGCUACAGUGAUAGCUAAGUUUGGAAAGGAGAAAGGGGAGCUUUGGAGUGCGUUUAUCGAAAAUUCAAUGAACCGAGUAUCGCCUGCAUCGAAAGCCUGUACAAAGGGAAAUAAAUAUUGACUAAAUUAUUUUGAGAAAGAAAAAUACAAAAUGGAUAACGCGGGACCUAAGAAACGUUAUUGUGAAUCUGUCCAAUCUUUCUUCACAUCGCCAAAGUUCCUUAUUUACCUUGGACAUGCCCUCUCCACAUGGGGAGAUCGUAUGUGGAAUUUCGCUGUAGCUGUAUUUCUGGUGGGGCUGUAUGGCAAUAGCCUCCUGCUCACGGCUGUGUACGGACUGGUGGUGGCAGGGUCAGUCCUGCUGCUCGGAGCCAUUAUCGGUGACUGGGUGGAUAAAAACCCCAGACUCAAAGUGGCCCAGACUUCACUGGUUGUCCAGAACUGUGCCGUCAUACUGUGUGGGAUCCUCUUGAUGGUGGUUUUCCAGUUCAAAGAACAGCUCUCAGAGUUAUAUAAUGGAUGGGUUCUGACAUGCUGCUAUAUCUUGGUCAUCUCCAUAGCCAACAUUGCUAACUUGGCCAGUACUGCCAUGUCCAUUACCAUCCAGAGAGACUGGGUGGUGGUUGUGGCUGGACAGGACAGCAGCAAGCUGGCAGACAUGAAUGCCACAGUACGGAUCAUCGACCAGCUAACAAACAUCCUGGCGCCUAUGUUGGUGGGCCAGAUCAUGGCUUUCUGCUCCAACUUUAUUGGCUGCGGCUUCAUCGCCGGCUGGAACCUGUGCUCUAUGUGCUUGGAGUACUGUCUGCUGUGGAAAGUCUACCAGAAAACUCCAGCACUGGCCAUGAAGGCUGUCAAGAAAGAAGACUACCAGGAACUGAAACGACUGAACUCCCCAAAAGAGCUAGAGAACGGCCAGGGCCCAGUGGAGGGCUCCCAGCUCAUGAACGAGACUGCUGUCGUCAAGGCCGACUCUCCCAGGAAGACUGGCUGCUGCUACCAGAUGGCGGAGCCCCUGCGCACCAUCCGAGAUGGCUGGGUGGCCUACUACAACCAGUCCAUCUUCUUCGCUGGCAUGUCCCUGGCUUUCCUCUACAUGACAGUGCUGGGCUUUGACUGCAUUACCACAGGCUAUGCCUACAUGCAGGGCCUCAACGGCUCUGUGCUCAGCCUGCUGAUGGGCGCCUCAGCCGUGUCGGGCAUCUGUGGCACGGUGGCCUUUACCUGGGUUCGCAAGAGCUGUGGCCUGAUCCGCACAGGCUUCAUCUCGGGUGUGGUGCAGCUCUCCUGCCUAAUGCUGUGCGUGGCGUCCGUCUUCGCACCGGGCAGCCCCUUUGACCUCAGUGUCUCACCUUUCCAGGACAUCUAUAGCCACCUGACUGGGAAGAGCAGCGCCCUGCCGGAGGCCGCCUACCCGACUAGCGUGCUAACCAUCGAUGGUCAGGGUCUGCUGGUUAAUAGUUCGACCGUGCCGCCCAUCGAGGAACUGCCGCCUCUGCAGUCCUACAUGUCAGUCAGCCUGCUGUUUUCUGGGGUCAUUGCUGCUAGAAUUGGUCUAUGGUCCUUUGACUUAACCGUGACCCAGCUCAUCCAAGAGAAUGUGAUCGAGUCGGAGAGGGGACUGAUCAACGGCGUCCAGAACUCCAUGAACUACCUCCUAGACCUUCUGCAUUUCAUCAUGGUGAUUCUGGCGCCCAACCCAGAGGCCUUCGGCCUGCUCGUCAUCCUCUCCGUCUCAUUCGUGGCUAUGGGCCACAUAAUGUACUUCAGGUUUGCCUUUAAGAGCCUCGGGCGGCGCCUCUUCCUCUGCUGCUCUCCAGAGCAGCAGACUCAGGCACUCCCCGGCUCUCCCUCCUUGCUUCCCACCACGGUGUAACCCAUUAAAGAGACUCUUUCCCUGCUUACAGCUCUGUCUGCAGUACAAAUACCCCCUUCUCCUCCAGCCCCCUAGUCAUCAACCUAAACAUGCUUGUAGCCCCGGCAGGACUAAUGUAUUUACUUUUGCGCCUUACCCUAGCAGGUGCUGUCCUUUGUCAUUGUAGAUAGCAUUUACCGUUCGCUGAGGGAGGGUAGUGCGGCCGCAGACAUAGAGAAGGAGUCUCUCUCAGACAAACAACCCAGAUCAUGAGGUCAUAAGUGUCACAAAAAUACCACUUCCCUACUUCCAAUAUUUAAAAUAUAGCAGUAUUGUCAUGCAUUCAGCUUAAAAGCUAAAUUCAAAUGUGGAAAAUUGCAGGUAUUGCCACUUGCAGUUACUACGGUUACAGCUGGGUACUGCUCAAGUAUGUGCUAGUGCUGUUUGCAUCUCAUUACAGCUCUGCAUCAGCCGUGGGAUUCCCAUUCCCACUUUGAAGCCAUUUGUUUCUCAGUAGUUUAUUGGUGCUAUAAAUCAUGUGUUAGCAUUUGUUAUUUCAGCUUUAGUAAUUAAUGCUUUAGAUGAUCAGUUCUUGCUCAUUUCUCUUUAAUACAUGGUUAUAAGGGUUAUGCAAAUGUAUUUAUUCAAGGAGCGCAAAUACUUAUGUUUAUCUAUACAUGGAGUGUACAAAAUAUUAGGAACACCUGCUCUUUCUAUGACGGACUGACCAGGUGAACGUUACGAUCCUUAUUGGUGAUACCUAAAUCCACUUCAAAGACAGGUUAAAGAAGGAUUUUAAGCCAUGAGAUAGACAUGGAUUGUGUGUGUGCCAUGGAGGAUGAAUAGGCAAGACAAAAUAUUUAAGUUCCUUUGAACGGGGUAUUGUAGUAGAUGCCAGGUGCACCGGUUAGAGUGUGUCAAGAACUGCAACGCUGCUGGGUUUUUCAUGCUCAACCAUUUCCUGUGUGUAUAAAGAAUAGUCCACCACCCAAAGGACAGCCAGCCAACUUGACAACUGUGGGAAGCACUGGAGGAGCAGCAUCCCUGUGGAACGCUUGACACAUUGUAGAGUCCAUGCACCAACUGAUUGAGGCUGUUCUGAGGGCAAAAGGGGGUGCAACUCAAUAUUAGGCAGGUAUUCCUAAUGUUUUGUACACUCAGGUGUAUAUUCUCAAUGUGUCACCACUAUUGUCUUUCUCACCCAACGUUGGUGCUAAUGUACUAGCUAUAGCAAACAGCUGGGAAACUGUGCAAAAAACAUUUUAAAAAACAUUAACACACUCAAUGACCAAAGUGGACCUUCUUAUAUAGCUUAAAGGAAGUGAGGGGAAAACCGGUUUGUUACAUUUUGUUUGAGCAUUCCAAAUAUUUUUUGAUGUGAAGUGACAGUGAAACUUGUAUAAAGCUCAUUAACGCUAUUGUAGACACUUGUGUACACUUAAGAUCUCGACCCCCUCCCCACAAUUCUCUUAACUAUAGUAUAACAAUGUAAACUACUAGUUAUUUGUCAUAAUUGAUUUCUACACAGGUAUUCACAUGCCUUGUCUUUUUCCACAUUGUGUGUUACAGCCUGAUUUCAAAUUGAGAUUGUGUUUCUAGCCUACACACAAUACCCCAUAUUGUCAGUGGAAUUGUUUCACAUUUUCAAAUUAAAAAUGAAAAGCUGAAAUGUCGAGUCAAUAAGAAUUCAACCCCUUUGUUAUGGCAACCCUAAAUAAGUUCAGGAGUAAAAAUGUGUUUAACAAGUCACAUGGACUCACUGUGUACAAUGAGUUUAACAUUAUUUUUUAAAUGACUAACUCACCUCUGUACCCCACACAUCCAAAUAAUUUUAAGGUCCCUCAGUCGAGCAGUGAAUAUCAAACAGAUUCAACCACAAAGACCAGCAAGGUUUUCCAAUGCCUCACAAAGAAGGGCACCUAUUGGUAGAUGGGCAAAAAUGUUUUUUUUAAAAGCAGAUGUUGAAUAUCCCUUUGAGCAUGGUGAAGUUAUUAAUGACACUUUUUAUGGUGUCACUACAAAGAUACAGGCAUCCUUCCUAACUCAGUUGCCGGAGUGGAAGGAAACCGCUCUGGGUUUUCAGCAUGAGGCCAAUGGUGACUUUAAAACCAUUAGUUUAAAGGCUGUGAAAGGAUAAAACUGAGGAUGGAUCAACAGCAAUACGAACAAAAUUGACAAAGUGAAAAGGAAGCCUGUACUGAAUAAAACAUAGUUGUGUUGUUUGUGGUAAAUCCAAUACAUUAAAGUACCAAUCUCCGUAUUUUCAAGCAUAGUAGUGGCUGCAUCAUGUUAUGGGUAUGCUUGUAAUAGUUAAGGACUGGAUAGUACAACAACAAAAAAGAAACAGAAUGAAGCCAAACAGGCAAAAUCAGUGGAAAACCUGGUUGUCCGCUUUCCAACAUAUACUGGGAGAUUAAUUCACCUUUCAGUAGGACAAUAACCGAAAACACAAGGCCAAAUCUACAAUGGAAUUGCUUACCAAGAAGAGGGUGAAUGUGACCGAGUUACAGUUGACAUAUCUAAUUGAAAAUCAAAUGGCAAGACCUGAAAAUGGUUGUCUUGCAAUGAUCAACAACCAAUUUGGAAAAGCUUGAAGAAUUUUGAAAAUAAUAAAAAUGGGCAAAUGUUGCACAAUCCAGAUGUGGAAAGCUUAGAUUUACCAAGAAAAGCUCACAGCUGUAAUCACUGCCAAAAGGUACAGGGGUAUGAAUACUUACGGAAACUAUAUAUUUAAAAAAAUGUUUUCAUUUUGUCAUUGUGGGGUAUUGUGUAGAUGGCGAAGAGAAAAAAAAGUAAUACAUUUUGAAUUCAGGCUGUAACAAUGUGGAAUAAGUCAAGGGGUAUGAAUACUUUAAGUGAUUGUACUAUGUCCAUAAUAAUGGCUGAGCUCCUGCCUCCCCACUUUGAGGUUAACUGAAGGACUUUUAGUUUCCUGGCGGGCCCAUGAUACCGAGCCAUCAUUACGCUAAGCUCUGCCACAAAUGCAUACACACAGCGCAAUCGUAAACCCAGACAAGGUGAGCAUGAAAAACCGUACCACCUUUUUCCUGUGGGCGGCUUUCAAAAUCCCUCCCAAGUGUACCUGUGAUUUUCCUCUCUUCCCCCCUAAGUCAAGCAGACCUCCCCACCUCAUGUUCACUUGCCAGAGUAGAAUGUCAGCAUCUUCAGGUUGUCUCAGCUGGCCAAGGACUGCCAUUACACCAACCAGGUGGUUGCCAGGCAGAACUGUACGUUUGUAGCUCUUGGAGUUCUCCAACACCACUAAAAUGUUUGCAGAAGCCUUUUUUAAAAUUUUUAUGUGGUUUGACUCACUAAUACUCACAUGUUCACAAUAGACUAUGGUUAUUACCUCUGCCCAUGAAAACCAUGGCUGAGAUUUUGUAAUGAAAAUAUUAGGAUUGGUGCAGAGAAUAGCCACAGCACUUUAAGAGAACAGUGAGGCCUUUCUUUACAUCUGCCUACAAGAGCCUUUUAAUACACCGCCCAGAGCUAGAGUCAGACAGGACUGCAGCUGGUGUUCUGUAGAGAAAUGGCAGGAACUGAGCUCUAUGUUGAUGUUUGACAUGGGUUACCCCUCAAAUGUAAAGUAAGCACAUUCUCCAGAAAAUAACAGCGCAUUUGUUCUUAACAUUUAUUCAGGAAUACUUCAUACAAGGCAAUUUUAUAUUUUUCAUAUAACAAUUGCCGUCAAUUGAUAGACAAUUAGAUACACUGUACUGGAUGUAAAUUUUUUGUAGUUGAACAUUGUCAGAUUGUCGUCUUUAAAAUGUUGGUCUUGUUUUUAAAUGUUUUUAUAUAAGUGUUAACUUCUCAAUUAGCAAAUAAAUGUUUUCUGAACGAUUUGUGAAAUUUCUCUGCCUCGUGUUUACAAAGCAAUGCUCUCAUGCAUAAUAGUAAUGGGAUUUUGUUGUUGAUUGUUACAGAUCAAUAUUUUUAUUUUUUUGCUACUGUAUGUAGUGUACACUAGUGCUGGUCGGCUGGACCUGCAUCAAAACCCCGGUAUUUUUCAUCCUAUAGCAUCUUUUUAAAACAGCGAGCCAACAUAUUUUCAGGACUUAUUAACCUGACAGAUCAAAACUAGUUGUUUUCUCAUGCUCUCGUCUCUCUGCAGCAGACAUAGUGAGAUAAAUGUUUGGAACAUCAAAUCGCAAUACAUAUAGAAUCAUGAGAACCGCAAUACAUAUCGGCACAUCGUAAGUUCCCUAGCAAUUCCCAGCCCUAAAUGCAUAAACCAAGAAAAUCAUGAGUACACUGUUCCAAUGGACCAUAAUGUACCGUCCAUAAUCUCCCAUCAUUGUUAAAUACAGAAAAAGCAUUGUUAGAUAAUCUGUUAAAAAAAAUAUUGAAUCAUUGUGAAAUCAUUAUGUAAUCACAGCUUGCAACAUAAAUUGAGUAAAUUGAGAUGUUUGAAUGCAAGAACUACAUUCACUUCAAAUGAGUGGAGGACAGUUAUACAGCUUGUAUUGCAUGAGCUCUGAAAUAAAUAAAAAAGUCUUCACACA